AUGACACCUUCAAGUCAAGUAGAAGAAACAGAUGCCAGGCGGAGCUUACAUAAUGCAUAUUCCAUCAGUGACUGUAUCUUUCCUCCUUUCUCUGAUCUACCCUCUAACCUCCAGGGCUGCAUUCAUGAAGAUUUUGUGUUUGUCGUAUUUAUAUUUUUAAACUUGCAGGUGCUUGCAGUGUUACUGGUGGCAGCUGUGGGAUCGCCUCUUCCGCAUGACUGUAAACAUGAAGUCUUUACAUACGGUGGAGCGGAACCCACUGGGCCACUACAAAGAGGACAUCAUGUUUCCUCACCUGUCAUUCAUAGAGUUGAAGCUUAUCCAGUGAACCAAUACCAGGCAACAUAUCCAAUAGGUACUCACCCUGCACAUAUCACUUAUAAUGUAGCAUAUGGUUCUUCUGUUUCUCAUGCACUGCCUCAGCCUGUCCAGCCUACCCCAGAAGCGCAGAGAGCUACUGCUGCUUUCAUGGCAGCAUGGAAUGAAGCAGCUGCCAGAGCAACUCAGAUUCAAACAAUUCUGGUAAAAUCUGCGCCCUCUGGCACCUAUACAAUUGAAAUUCCGAAGCAUGUUGAAGCAAUUGAAGAAGUAAAGAGAGCAACUGCUCAAUUUAUGGCAGCUUGGAACCAAGCUGCUCGACGUGCAACUGUUGUCCAACAUGCAGUUUACUCUUUGCCACAGCCUUUGCAACAAACUGAAGAUCUCAAGAAAACAACUGCUGAAUUUAUGGCUUCCUGGGAAGCUGCUGCUCAACAAGCUUCAGCUAUUAGACAUGCAGUUGCUGCCACUGCUUCCUCCGGUGUCCCACAACAGGUACAGGCUACUUACGAAGUCAAGAAAGCCACUACAGAAUUUAUAGCAGCUUGGAGAAAUGCUGUUGUACGAGUGCCUACGAUCCAGACCAACCUCUACCAGAUUACUGGUACUACUCCAUAUUCUGCUGUUCCAUCAACUGUUGAUGGCGUUCCCCAAUUUACUCCUGAAGUUGCACAUGCCACAACAGAAUUCACGAGAGUGUGGAAUGCUGCUGCUGCAGCACCCUCUGAUGUAAAUAUCAUUAUGGGAGCCAGUUCCCAGCCCGCCCACCAAGCAAUAACAUAUACACCUUCAUAUCACCAUGCACCUUCUGUAUCUUACGAUGCAGCAUCUCCAUCCGCACUGCUUCAGCCUGUCCAGCCUACGCCUGAAGUACAGAGAGCUACUGCUGCUUUCAUGGCAGCAUGGAAUGAAGCAGCUGCGAGAGCAACACAGAUUCAAACAAUUCUGGUAAGAUCUGCGCCCUCUGGCACCUACACAAUUGAAAUCCCUAAGCAUGUUGAAGCAAUUGAAGAAGUAAAGGGGGCAACUGCUGAAUUUUUGGCAGCUUGGAACAAAGCUGCUCGACGUGCAACUGUUGUCCAACAAGCAGCUUACUCUUUGCCACAGCCUGUCCAUCAGACUGAAAAUCUCAAAAACGCAACUGCUGAAUUUAUGGCUUCCUGGGAAGCUGCUGCUCGACAAGCUUCAGCUAUUAGACAUGCAGUUACCUCCACUGCUUCCUCCGGUGACCCACAACAGGUAGAGGCUACUUACGAAGUCAAGAAAGCCACUUCAGAAUUUAUAGCAGCUUGGAGAAAUGCCGUUGUACGAGUGCCUACGAUCCAGACCAACCUCUACCAGAUUACUGGUACUACUCCAUAUUCUGCUGUUCCAACAACUGUUGAUGGCGUUCCCCAAUUUACUCCUGAAGUUGCACAUGCCACAGCAGAAUUCACGAGAGUGUGGAAUGCUGCUGCUGCAGCACCCUCUGAUGUAAAUAUCAUUAUGGGAGCCAGUUCACAGCGUCCAUCUCUCAAGGCCUCUCACCAUGCUGGAACUUAUUCACAACCUUCAUAUCACCAUGCACCAGCUUCUGUAUCUUACGAUGCAGCUUCUCCAUCUGUACUGCCUCAUCCUGUCCAGCCUACCCCAGAACCUGUCCAGCCUACCCCAGAAGCGCAGAGAGCUACUGCUGCUUUCAUGGCAGCAUGGAAUGAAGCAGCUGCCAGAGCAACUCAGAUUCAAACAAUUCUGGUAAAAUCUGCGCCCUCUGGCACCUAUACAAUUGAAAUUCCGAAGCAUGUUGAAGCAAUUGAAGAAGUAAAGAGAGCAACUGCUCAAUUUAUGGCAGCUUGGAACCAAGCUGCUCGACGUGCAACUGUUGUCCAACAUGCAGUUUACUCUUUGCCACAGCCUUUGCAACAAACUGAAGAUCUCAAGAAAACAACUGCUGAAUUUAUGGCUUCCUGGGAAGCUGCUGCUCAACAAGCUUCAGCUAUUAGACAUGCAGUUGCUGCCACUGCUUCCUCCGGUGUCCCACAACAGGUACAGGCUACUUACGAAGUCAAGAAAGCCACUACAGAAUUUAUAGCAGCUUGGAGAAAUGCUGUUGUACGAGUGCCUACGAUCCAGACCAACCUCUACCAGAUUACUGGUACUACUCCAUAUUCUGCUGUUCCAUCAACUGUUGAUGGCGUUCCCCAAUUUACUCCUGAAGUUGCACAUGCCACAACAGAAUUCACGAGAGUAUGGAAUGCUGCCGUUGCAGCUGCUGCAGCAGCCCCAGAUAAAAACAUCAUUAUGGGAGACAGUUCAUGGCAUCCAUCACUCAAAGCCGCCCACCAAGCAAUAACUUAUAUACAACCUUCAUAUCACCAUGCACCAGCUUCUGUAUCUUACGAUGCAGCAUCUCCAUCCGCACUGCUUCAGCCUGUCCAGCCUACGCCUGAAGUACAGAGAGCUACUGCUGCUUUCAUGGCAGCAUGGAAUGAAGCAGCUGCGAGAGCAACACAGAUUCAAACAAUUCUGGUAAGAUCUGCGCCCUCUGGCACCUACACAAUUGAAAUCCCUAAGCAUGUUGAAGCAAUUGAAGAAGUAAAGGGGGCAACUGCUGAAUUUUUGGCAGCUUGGAACAAAGCUGCUCGACGUGCAACUGUUGUCCAACAAGCAGCUUACUCUUUGCCACAGCCUGUCCAUCAGACUGAAAAUCUCAAAAACGCAACUGCUGAAUUUAUGGCUUCCUGGGAAGCUGCUGCUCGACAAGCUUCAGCUAUUAGACAUGCAGUUACCUCCACUGCUUCCUCCGGUGACCCACAACAGGUAGAGGCUACUUACGAAGUCAAGAAAGCCACUUCAGAAUUUAUAGCAGCUUGGAGAAAUGCCGUUGUACGAGUGCCUACGAUCCAGACCAACCUCUACCAGAUUACUGGUACUACUCCAUAUUCUGCUGUUCCAACAACUGUUGAUGGCGUUCCCCAAUUUACUCCUGAAGUUGCACAUGCCACAGCAGAAUUCACGAGAGUGUGGAAUGCUGCUGCUGCAGCACCCUCUGAUGUAAAUAUCAUUAUGGGAGCCAGUUCACAGCGUCCAUCUCUCAAGGCCUCUCACCAUGCUGGAACUUAUUCACAACCUUCAUAUCACCAUGCACCAGCUUCUGUAUCUUACGAUGCAGCUUCUCCAUCUGUACUGCCUCAUCCUGUCCAGCCUACCCCAGAAGUGCAGAGAGCUACUGCUGCUUUCAUGGCAGCAUGGAAUGAAGCAACUGCAAGAGCAUCUCAAAUUCAAACAAUUCUGGUAAGAUCUGCGCCCUCUGGCACCUACACAAUUGAAUUUCCUAAGCAGGUCGAAGCAGCUGAAGAAGUAAAGGGGGCAACCGCUCACUUUAUGGCAGCUUGGAACAAAGCCGCUCGACGCGCAACUGUUGUCCAACAAGCAGUUUACUCUUUGCCACAGCCUGUCCAUCAAACUGAAAAUCUCAAGAAAACAAUUGCUGAAUUUAUGGCUUCCUGGGAAGCUGCUGCUCAACAAGCUUCAGCUAUUAGACAUGCAGUUGCUGCCACUGCUUCCUCCGGUGACCCACAACAGGUAGAGGCUACUAACGAAGUCAAGAAAGCCACUACAGAAUUUAUAGCAGCUUGGAGAAAUGCCGUUGUCCGAGUGCCUACGAUCCAGACCAACCUCUACCAGAUUACUGGUACUACUCCAUAUUCUGCUGUUCCAACAACUGUUGAUGGCGUUCCCCAAUUUACUCCUGAAGUUGCACAUGCCACAGCAGAAUUCACGAGAGUGUGGAAUGCUGCUGCUGCAGCACCCUCUGAUGUAAAUAUCAUUAUGGGAGCCAGUUCCCAGCGUCCAUCUCUCAAGGCCUCUCACCAUGCUGGAACUUAUUCACAACCUUCAUAUCACCAUGCACCAGCUUCUGUAUCCUACGAUGCAGCUUCUCCAUCUGCACUGCCUCAUCCUGUCCAGCCUACCCCAGAAGUGCAGAGAGCUACUGCUGCUUUCAUGGUAGCAUGGAAUGAAGCAACUGCAAGAGCAUCUCAAAUUGAAACAAUUCUGGUAAGAUCUGCGCCCUCUGGCACCUACACAAUUGAAUUUCCUAAGCAGGUAGAAGCAGCUGAAGAAGUAAAGGGGGCAACCGCUCACUUUAUGGCAGCUUGGAACAAAGCCGCUCGACGCGCAACUGUUGUCCAACAAGCAGUUUACUCUUUGCCACAGCCUCUCCAUCAAACUGAAAAUCUCAAGAAAACAAUUGCUGAAUUUAUGGCUUCCUGGGAAGCUGCUGCUCAACAAGCUUCAGCUAUUAGACAUGCAGUUGCUGCCACUGCUUCCUCCGGUGACCCACAACAGGUAGAGGCUACUAACGAAGUCAAGAAAGCCACUACAGAAUUUAUAGCAGCUUGGAGAAAUGCCGUUGUCCGAGUGCCUACGAUCCAGACCAACCUCUACCAGAUUACUGGUACUACUCCAUAUUCUGCUGUUUCAACAAGUGUUGAUGGCGUUCCCCAAUUCACUCCUGAAGUUGCACAUGCCACAGCAGAAUUCAUGAAGGUAUGGAAUGCUGCCGUUGCAGCUGCUGCAGCAGCCCCAGAUAAAAACAUCAUUAUGGGAGACAGUUCAUGGCAUCCAUCACUCAAAGCCGCCCACCAAGCAAUAACUUAUAUACAACCUUCAUAUCACCAUGCACCAGCUUCUGUAUCUUACGAUGCAGCAUCUCCAUCCGCACUGCUUCAGCCUGUCCAGCCUACGCCUGAAGUACAGAGAGCUACUGCUGCUUUCAUGGCAGCAUGGAAUGAAGCAGCUGCGAGAGCAACACAGAUUCAAACAAUUCUGGUAAGAUCUGCGCCCUCUGGCACCUACACAAUUGAAAUCCCUAAGCAUGUUGAAGCAAUUGAAGAAGUAAAGGGGGCAACUGCUGAAUUUUUGGCAGCUUGGAACAAAGCUGCUCGACGUGCAACUGUUGUCCAACAAGCAGCUUACUCUUUGCCACAGCCUGUCCAUCAGACUGAAAAUCUCAAAAACACAACUGCUGAAUUUAUGGCUUCCUGGGAAGCUGCUGCUCGACACGCUUCAGCUAUUAGACAUGCAAUUACCUCCACUGCUUCCUCCGGUGACCUACAACAGGUAGAGGCUACUUACGAAGUCAAGAAAGCCACUACAGAAUUUAUAGCAGCUUGGAGAAAUGCCGUUGUACGAGUGCCUACGAUCCAGACCAACCUCUACCAGAUUACUGGUACUACUCCAUAUUCUGCUGUUCCAACAACUGUUGAUGGCGUUCCCCAAUUUACUCCUGAAGUUGCACAUGCCACAGCAGAAUUCACGAGAGUGUGGAAUGCUGCUGCUGCAGCACCCUCUGAUGUAAAUAUCAUUAUGGGAGCCAGUUCCCAGCGUCCAUCUCUCAAGGCCUCUCACCAUGCUGGAACUUAUUCACAACCUUCAUAUCACCAUGCACCAGCUUCUGUAUCUUACGAUGCAGCUUCUCCAUCUGCACUGCCUCAUCCUGUCCAGCCUACCCCAGAAGUGCAGAGAGCUACUGCUGCUUUCAUGGCAGCAUGGAAUGAAGCAACUGCAAGAGCAUCUCAAAUUCAAACAAUUCUGGUAAGAUCUGCGCCCUCUGGCACCUACACAAUUGAAUUCCCUAAGCAGGUCGAAGCAGCUGAAGAAGUAAAGGGGGCAACCGCUCACUUUAUGGCAGCUUGGAACAAAGCCGCUCGACGCGCAACUGUUGUCCAACAAGCAGUUUACUCUUUGCCACAGCCUGUCCAUCAAACUGAAAAUCUCAAGAAAACAAUUGCUGAAUUUAUGGCUUCCUGGGAAGCUGCUGCUCAACAAGCUUCAGCUAUUAGACAUGCAGUUGCUGCCACUGCUUCCUCCGGUGACCCACAACAGGUAGAGGCUACUAACGAAGUCAAGAAAGCCACUACAGAAUUUAUAGCAGCUUGGAGAAAUGCCGUUGUCCGAGUGCCUACGAUCCAGACCAACCUCUACCAGAUUACUGGUACUACUCCAUAUUCUGCUGUUCCAACAACUGUUGAUGGCGUUCCCCAAUUUACUCCUGAAGUUGCACAUGCCACAGCAGAAUUCACGAGAGUGUGGAAUGCUGCUGCUGCAGCACCCUCUGAUGCCUCUCACCAUGCUGGAACUUAUUCACAACCUUCAUAUCACCAUGCACCAGCUUCUGUAUCUUACGAUGCAGCUUCUCCAUCUGCACUGCCUCAUCCUGUCCAGCCUACCCCAGAAGUGCAGAGAGCUACUGCUGCUUUCAUGGUAGCAUGGAAUGAAGCAACUGCAAGAGCAUCUCAAAUUGAAACAAUUCUGGUAAGAUCUGCGCCCUCUGGCACCUACACAAUUGAAUUUCCUAAGCAGGUCGAAGCAGCUGAAGAAGUAAAGGGGGCAACCGCUCACUUUAUGGCAGCUUGGAACAAAGCCGCUCGACGCGCAACUGUUGUCCAACAAGCAGUUUACUCUUUGCCACAGCCUGUCCAUCAAACUGAAAAUCUCAAGAAAACAAUUGCUGAAUUUAUGGCUUCCUGGGAAGCUGCUGCUCAACAAGCUUCAGCUAUUAGACAUGCAGUUGCUGCCACUGCUUCCUCCGGUGACCCACAACAGGUAGAGGCUACUAACGAAGUCAAGAAAGCCACUACAGAAUUUAUAGCAGCUUGGAGAAAUGCCGUUGUCCGAGUGCCUACGAUCCAGACCAACCUCUACCAGAUUACUGGUACUACUCCAUAUUCUGCUGUUUCAACAAGUGUUGAUGGCGUUCCCCAAUUCACUCCUGAAGUUGCACAUGCCACAGCAGAAUUCAUGAAGGUAUGGAAUGCUGCCGUUGCAGCUGCUGCAGCAGCCCCAGAUAAAAACAUCAUUAUGGGAGACAGUUCAUGGCGUCCAUCACUCAAAGCCGCCCACCAAGCAAUAACUUAUACACAACCUUCAUAUCACUAUGCACCAGCUUCUGUAUCUUACGAUGCAGCUUCUCCAUCCGCACUGCUUCAGCCUGUCCAGCCUACGCCUGAAGUACAGAGAGCUACUGCUGCUUUCAUGGCAGCAUGGAAUGAAGCAGCUGCGAGAGCAACUCAGAUUCAAACAAUUCUGGUAAGAUCUGCGCCCUCUGGCACCUACACAAUUGAAAUCCCUAAGCAUGUUGAAGCAAUUGAAGAAGUAAAGGGGGCAACUGCUGAAUUUUUGGCAGCUUGGAACAAAGCUGCUCGACGUGCAACUGUUGUCCAACAAGCAGCUUACUCUUUGCCACAGCCUGUCCAUCAGACUGAAAAUCUCAAAAACACAACUGCUGAAUUUAUGGCUUCCUGGGAAGCUGCUGCUCGACACGCUUCAGCUAUUAGACAUGCAAUUACCUCCACUGCUUCCUCCGGUGACCUACAACAGGUAGAGGCUACUUACGAAGUCAAGAAAGCCACUACAGAAUUUAUAGCAGCUUGGAGAAAUGCCGUUGUACGAGUGCCUACGAUCCAGACCAACCUCUACCAGAUUACUGGUACUACUCCAUAUUCUGCUGUUCCAACAACUGUUGAUGGCGUUCCCCAAUUUACUCCUGAAGUUGCACAUGCCACAGCAGAAUUCACGAGAGUGUGGAAUGCUGCUGCUGCAGCACCCUCUGAUGUAAAUAUCAUUAUGGGAGCCAGUUCACAGCGUCCAUCUCUUAAGGCCUCUCACCAUGCUGGAACUUAUUCACAACCUUCAUAUCACUAUGCACCAGCUUCUGUAUCUUACGAUGCAGCUUCUCCAUCCGCACUGCUUCAGCCUGUCCAGCCUACGCCUGAAGUACAGAGAGCUACUGCUGCUUUCAUGGCAGCAUGGAAUGAAGCAGCUGCGAGAGCAACUCAGAUUCAAACAAUUCUGGUAAGAUCUGCGCCCUCUGGCACCUACACAAUUGAAAUCCCUAAGCAUGUUGAAGCAAUUGAAGAAGUAAAGGGGGCAACUGCUGAAUUUUUGGCAGCUUGGAACAAAGCUGCUCGACGUGCAACUGUUGUCCAACAAGCAGCUUACUCUUUGCCACAGCCUGUCCAUCAGACUGAAAAUCUCAAAAACACAACUGCUGAAUUUAUGGCUUCCUGGGAAGCUGCUGCUCGACAAGCUUCAGCUAUUAGAUAUGCAGUUACCUCCACUGCUUCCUCCGGUGACCUACAACAGGUAGAGGCUACUUACGAAGUCAAGAAAGCCACUACAGAAUUUAUAGCAGCUUGGAGAAAUGCCGUUGUACGAGUGCCUACGAUCCAGACCAACCUCUACCAGAUUACUGGUACUACUCCAUAUUCUGCUGUUCCAACAACUGUUGAUGGCGUUCCCCAAUUUACUCCUGAAGUUGCACAUGCCACAGCAGAAUUCACGAGAGUGUGGAAUGCUGCUGCUGCAGCACCCUCUGAUGUAAAUAUCAUUAUGGGAGCCAGUUCACAGCGUCCAUCUCUCAAGGCCUCUCACCAUGCUGGAACUUAUUCACAACCUUCAUAUCACUAUGCACCAGCUUCUCUAUCUUACGAUGCAGCUUCUCCAUCCGCACUGCUUCAGCCUGUCCAGCCUACGCCUGAAGUACAGAGAGCUACUGCUGCUUUCAUGGCAGCAUGGAAUGAAGCAGCUGUGAGAGCAACUCAGAUUCAAACAAUUCUGGUAAGAUCUGCGCCCUCUGGCACCUACACAAUUGAAAUCCCUAAGCAUGUUGAAGCAAUUGAAGAAGUAAAGGGGGCAACUACUGAAUUUUUGGCAGCUUGGAACAAAGCUGCUCGACGUGCAACUGUUGUCAAACAAGCAGCUUACUCUUUGCCACAGCCUGUCCAUCAGACUGAAAAUCUCAAAAACACAACUGCUGAAUUUAUGGCUUCCUGGGAAGCUGCUGCUCGACAAGCUUCAGCUAUUAGACAUGUAGUUACCACCACUGCUUCCUCCGGUGACCGACAACAAGUAAAGGCUACUUACGAAGUCAAGAAAGCCACUACAGAAUUUAUAGCAGCUUGGAGAAAUGCUGUUGUACGAGUGCCUACGAUCCAGACCAACCUCUACCAGAUUACUGGUACUACUCCAUAUUCUGCUGUUCCAACAACUGUUGAUGGUGUUCCCCAAUUUACUCCUGAAGUUGCACAUGCCACAGCAGAAUUCACGAGAGUGUGGAAUGCUGCUGCUGCAGCACCCUCUGAUGUAAAUAUCAUUAUGGGAGCCAGUUCACAGCGUCCAUCUCUCAAGGCCUCUCACCAUGCUGGAACUUAUUCACAACCUUCAUAUCACCAUGCACCAGCUUCUGUAUCUUACGAUGCAGCUUCUCCAUCUGCACUGCCUCAUCCUGUCCAGCCUACCCCAGAAGUGCAGAGAGCUACUGCUGCUUUCAUGGUAGCAUGGAAUGAAGCAACUGCAAGAGCAUCUCAAAUUCAAACAAUUCUGGUAAGAUCUGCGCCCUCUGGCACCUACACAAUUGAAUUUCCUAAGCAGGUCGAAGCAGCUGAAGAAGUAAAGGGGGCAACCGCUCACUUUAUGGCAGCUUGGAACAAAGCCGCUCGACGCGCAACUGUUGUCCAACAAGCAGUUUACUCUUUGCCACAGCCUGUCCAUCAAACUGAAAAUCUCAAGAAAACAAUUGCUGAAUUUAUGGCUUCCUGGGAAGCUGCUGCUCAACAAGCUUCAGCUAUUAGACAUGCAGUUGCUGCCACUGCUUCCUCCGGUGACCCACAACAGGUAGAGGCUACUAACGAAGUCAAGAAAGCCACUACAGAAUUUAUAGCAGCUUGGAGAAAUGCCGUUGUCCGAGUGCCUACGAUCCAGACCAACCUCUACCAGAUUACUGGUACUACUCCAUAUUCUGCUGUUUCAACAAGUGUUGAUGGCGUUCCCCAAUUCACUCCUGAAGUUGCACAUGCCACAGCAGAAUUCAUGAAGGUAUGGAAUGCUGCCGUUGCAGCUGCUGCAGCAGCCCCAGAUAAAAACAUCAUUAUGGGAGACAGUUCAUGGCGUCCAUCACUCAAAGCCGCCCACCAAGCAAUAACUUAUUCACAACCUUCAUAUCACUAUGCACCAGCUUCUGUAUCUUACGAUGCAGCUUCUCCAUCCGCACUGCUUCAGCCUGUCCAGCCUAUGCCUGAAGUACAGAGAGCUACUGCUGCUUUCAUGGCAGCAUGGAAUGAAGCAGCUGCGAGAGCAACUCAGAUUCAAACAAUUCUGGUAAGAUCUGCGCCCUCUGGCACCUACACAAUUGAAUUUCCUAAGCAGGUCGAAGCAGCUGAAGAAGUAAAGGGGGCAACCGCUCACUUUAUGGCAGCUUGGAACAAAGCUGCUCGACGUGCAACUGUUGUCCAACAAGCAGCUUACUCUUUGCCACAGCCUGUCCAUCAGACUGAAAAUCUCAAAAACACAACUGCUGAAUUUAUGGCUUCCUGGGAAGCUGCUGCUCGACACGCUUCAGCUAUUAGACAUGCAGUUACCUCCACUGCUUCCUCCGGUGACCCACAACAGGUAGAGGCUACUUACGAAGUCAAGAAAGCCACUACAGAAUUUAUAGCAGCUUGGAGAAAUGCCGUUGUACGAGUGCCUACGAUCCAGACCAACCUCUACCAGAUUACUGGUACUACUCCAUAUUCUGCUGUUCCAACAACUGUUGAUGGCGUUCCCCAAUUUACUCCUGAAGUUGCACAUGCCACAGCAGAAUUCACGAGAGUGUGGAAUGCUGCUGCUGCAGCACCCUCUGAUGUAAAUAUCAUUAUGGGAGCCAGUUCACAGCGUCCACCUCUCAAGGCCUCUCACCAUGCUGGAACUUAUUCACAACCUUCAUAUCACUAUGCACCAGCUUCUGUAUCUUACGAUGCAGCUUCUCCAUCCGCACUGCUUCAGCCUGUCCAGCCUACGCCUGAAGUACAGAGAGCUACUGCUGCUUUCAUGGCAGCAUGGAAUGAAGCAGCUGCGAGAGCAACUCAGAUUCAAACAAUUCUGGUAAGAUCUGCGCCCUCUGGCACCUACACAAUUGAAAUCCCUAAGCAUGUUGAAGCAAUUGAAGAAGUAAAGGUGGCAACUGCUGAAUUUUUGGCAGCUUGGAACAAAGCUGCUCGACGUGCAACUGUUGUCCAACAAGCAGCUUACUCUUUGCCACAGCCUGUCCAUCAGACUGAAAAUCUCAAAAACACAACUGCUGAAUUUAUGGCUUCCUGGGAAGCUGCUGCUCGACACGCUUCAGCUAUUAGACAUGCAGUUACCUCCACUGCUUCCUCCGGUGACCCACAACAGGUAGAGGCUACUUACGAAGUCAAGAAAGCCACUACAGAAUUUAUAGCAGCUUGGAGAAAUGCCGUUGUACGAGUGCCUACGAUCCAGACCAACCUCUACCAGAUUACUGGUACUACUCCAUAUUCUGCUGUUCCAAUAACUGUUGAUGGCGUUCCCCAAUUUACUCCUGAAGUUGCACAUGCCACAGCAGAAUUCACGAGAGUGUGGAAUGCUGCUGCUGCAGCACCCUCUGAUGUAAAUAUCAUUAUGGGAGCCAGUUCACAGCGUCCAUCUCUCAAGGCCUCUCACCAUGCUGGAACUUAUUCACAACCUUCAUAUCACUAUGCACCAGCUUCUGUAUCUUACGAUGCAGCUUCUCCAUCCGCACUGUUUCAGCCUGUCCAGCCUACGCCUGAAGUACAGAGAGCUACUGCUGCUUUCAUGGCAGCAUGGAAUGAAGCAGCUGUGAGAGCAACUCAGAUUCAAACAAUUCUGGUAAGAUCUGCGCCCUCUGGCACCUACGCAAUAGAAAUCCCUAAGCAUGUUGAAGCAAUUGAAGAAGUAAAGGGGGCAACUACUGAAUUUUUGGCAGCUUGGAACAAAGCUGCUCGACGUGCAACUGUUGUCCAACAAGCAGCUUACUCUUUGCCACAGCCUGUCCAUCAGACUGAAAAUCUCAAAAACACAACUGCUGAAUUUAUGGCUUCCUGGGAAGCUGCUGCUCGACAAGCUUCAGCUAUUAGACAUGCAGUUACCUCCACUGCUUCCUCAGGUGACCGACAACAAGUAAAGGCUACUUACGAAGUCAAGAAAGCCACUACAGAAUUUAUAGCAGCUUGGAGAAAUGCUGUUGUACGAGUGCCUACGAUCCAGACCAACCUCUACCAGAUUACUGGUACUACUCCAUAUUCUGCUGUUCCAACAACUGUUGAUGGCGUUCCCCAAUUUACUCCUGAAGUUGCACAUGCCACAGCAGAAUUCACGAGAGUGUGGAAUGCUGCUGCUGCAGCACCCUCUGAUGUAAAUAUCAUUAUGGGAGCCAGUUCACAGCGUCCAUCUCUCAAGGCCUCUCACCAUGCUGGAACUUAUUCACAACCUUCAUAUCACCAUGCACCAGCUUCUGUAUCUUACGAUGCAGCUUCUCCAUCUGCACUGCCUCAUCCUGUCCAGCCUACCCCAGAAGUGCAGAGAGCUACUGCUGCUUUCAUGGUAGCAUGGAAUGAAGCAACUGCAAGAGCAUCUCAAAUUCAAACAAUUCUGGUAAGAUCUGCGCCCUCUGGCACCUACACAAUUGAAUUUCCUAAGCAGGUCGAAGCAGCUGAAGAAGUAAAGGGGGCAACCGCUCACUUUAUGGCAGCUUGGAACAAAGCCGCUCGACGUGCAACUGUUGUCCAACAAGCAGUUUACUCUGUGCCACAGCCUGUCCAUCAAACUGAAAAUCUCAAGAAAACAAUUGCUGAAUUUAUGGCUUCCUGGGAAGCUGCUGCUCAACAAGCUUCAGCUAUUAGACAUGCAGUUGCUGCCACUGCUUCCUCCGGUGACCCACAACAGGUAGAGGCUACUAACGAAGUCAAGAAAGCCACUACAGAAUUUAUAGCAGCUUGGAGAAAUGCCGUUGUCCGAGUGCCUACGAUCCAGACCAACCUCUACCAGAUUACUGGUACUACUCCAUAUUCUGCUGUUUCAACAAGUGUUGAUGGCGUUCCCCAAUUCACUCCUGAAGUUGCACAUGCCACAGCAGAAUUCAUGAAGGUAUGGAAUGCUGCCGUUGCAGCUGCUGCUGCAGCCCCAGAUAAAAACAUCAUUAUGGGAGACAGUUCAUGGCGUCCAUCACUCAAAGCCGCCCACCAAGCAAUAACUUAUUCACAACCUUCAUAUCACUAUGCACCAGCUUCUCUAUCUUACGAUGCAGCUUCUCCAUCCGCACUGCUUCAGCCUGUCCAGCCUACGCCUGAAGUACAGAGAGCUACUGCUGCUUUCAUGGCAGCAUGGAAUGAAGCAGCUGCGAGAGCAACUCAGAUUCAAACAAUUCUGGUAAGAUCUGCGCCCUCUGGCACCUACACAAUUGAAAUCCCUAAGCAUGUUGAAGCAAUUGAAGAAGUAAAGGUGGCAACUGCUGAAUUUUUGGCAGCUUGGAACAAAGCUGCUCGACGUGCAACUGUUGUCCAACAAGCAGCUUACUCUUUGCCACAGCCUGUCCAUCAGACUGAAAAUCUCAAAAACACAACUGCUGAAUUUAUGGCUUCCUGGGAAGCUGCUGCUCGACACGCUUCAGUUAUUAGACAUGCAGUUACCUCCACUGCUUCCUCCGGUGACCCACAACAGGUAGAGGCUACUUACGAAGUCAAGAAAGCCACUACAGAAUUUAUAGCAGCUUGGAGAAAUGCCGUUGUACGAGUGCCUACGAUCCAGACCAACCUCUACCAGAUUACUGGUACUACUCCAUAUUCUGCUGUUCCAACAACUGUUGAUGGCGUUCCCCAAUUUACUCCUGAAGUUGCACAUGCCACAGCAGAAUUCACGAGAGUGUGGAAUGCUGCUGCUGCAGCACCCUCUGAUGUAAAUAUCAUUAUGGGAGCCAGUUCACAGCGUCCAUCUCUCAAGGCCUCUCACCAUGCUGGAACUUAUUCACAACCUUCAUAUCACUAUGCACCAGCUUCUCUAUCUUACGAUGCAGCUUCUCCAUCCGCACUGCUUCAGCCUGUCCAGCCUACGCCUGAAGUACAGAGAGCUACUGCUGCUUUCAUGGCAGCAUGGAAUGAAGCAGCUGUGAGAGCAACUCAGAUUCAAACAAUUCUGGUAAGAUCUGCGCCCUCUGGCACCUACGCAAUAGAAAUCCCUAAGCAUGUUGAAGCAAUUGAAGAAGUAAAGGGGGCAACUACUGAAUUUUUGGCAGCUUGGAACAAAGCUGCUCGACGUGCAACUGUUGUCCAACAAGCAGCUUACUCUUUGCCACAGCCUGUCCAUCAGACUGAAAAUCUCAAAAACACAACUGCUGAAUUUAUGGCUUCCUGGGAAGCUGCUGCUCGACAAGCUUCAGCUAUUAAACAUGCAGUUACCUCCACUGCUUCCUCAGGUGACCGACAACAAGUAAAGGCUACUUACGAAGUCAAGAAAGCCACUACAGAAUUUAUAGCAGCUUGGAGAAAUGCUGUUGUACGAGUGCCUACGAUCCAGACCAACCUCUACCAGAUUACUGGUACUACUCCAUAUUCUGCUGUUCCAACAACUGUUGAUGGCGUUCCCCAAUUUACUCCUGAAGUUGCACAUGCCACAGCAGAAUUCACGAGAGUGUGGAAUGCUGCUGCUGCAGCACCCUCUGAUGUAAAUAUCAUUAUGGGAGCCAGUUCACAGCGUCCAUCUCUCAAAGCCUCUCACCAUGCUGGAACUUAUUCACAACCUUCAUAUCACCAUGCACCAGCUUCUGUAUCUUACGAUGCAACUUCUCCAUCUGCACUGCCUCAUCCUGUCCAGCCUACCCCAGAAGUGCAGAGAGCUACUGCUGCUUUCAUGGUAGCAUGGAAUGAAGCAACUGCAAGAGCAUCUCAAAUUCAAACAAUUCUGGUAAGAUCUGCGCCCUCUGGCACCUACACAAUUGAAUUUCCUAAGCAGGUCGAAGCAGCUGAAGAAGUAAAGGGGGCAACCGCUCACUUUAUGGCAGCUUGGAACAAAGCCGCUCGACGUGCAACUGUUGUCCAACAAGCAGUUUACUCUGUGCCACAGCCUGUCCAUCAAACUGAAAAUCUCAAGAAAACAAUUGCUGAAUUUAUGGCUUCCUGGGAAGCUGCUGCUCAACAAGCUUCAGCUAUUAGACAUGCAGUUGCUGCCACUGCUUCCUCCGGUGACCCACAACAGGUAGAGGCUACUAACGAAGUCAAGAAAGCCACUACAGAAUUUAUAGCAGCUUGGAGAAAUGCCGUUGUCCGAGUGCCUACGAUCCAGACCAACCUCUACCAGAUUACUGGUACUACUCCAUAUUCUGCUGUUUCAACAAGUGUUGAUGGCGUUCCCCAAUUCACUCCUGAAGUUGCACAUGCCACAGCAGAAUUCAUGAAGGUAUGGAAUGCUGCCGUUGCAGCUGCUGCUGCAGCCCCAGAUAAAAACAUCAUUAUGGGAGACAGUUCAUGGCGUCCAUCACUCAAAGCCGCCCACCAAGCAAUAACUUAUUCACAACCUUCAUAUCACUAUGCACCAGCUUCUCUAUCUUACGAUGCAGCUUCUCCAUCCGCACUGCUUCAGCCUGUCCAGCCUACGCCUGAAGUACAGAGAGCUACUGCUGCUUUCAUGGCAGCAUGGAAUGAAGCAGCUGCGAGAGCAACUCAGAUUCAAACAAUUCUGGUAAGAUCUGCGCCCUCUAGCACCUACACAAUUGAAAUCCCUAAGCAUGUUGAAGCAAUUGAAGAAGUAAAGGUGGCAACUGCUGAAUUUUUGGCAGCUUGGAACAAAGCUGCUCGACGUGCAACUGUUGUCCAACAAGCAGCUUACUCUUUGCCACAGCCUGUCCAUCAGACUGAAAAUCUCAAAAACACAACUGCUGAAUUUAUGGCUUCCUGGGAAGCUGCUGCUCAACAAGCUUCAGCUAUUAGACAUGCAGUGUCUGCCACUGCUUCCUCCGGUGACCCACAACAGGUAGAAGCUUCUUACGAAGUCAAGAAAGCCACUACAGAAUUUAUAGCAGCUUGGAGAAAUGCUGUUGUACGAGUGCCUACGAUCCAGACCAACCUCUACCAGAUUACUGGUACUAUUCCAUAUUCUGCUGUUCCAACAACUGUUGAUGGCGUUCCCCAAUUUACUCCUGAAGUUGCACAUGCCACAGCAGAAUUCACGAGAGUGUGGAAUGCUGCUGCUGCAGCACCCUCUGAUGUAAAUAUCAUUAUGGGAGCCAGUUCACAGCGUCCAUCUCUCAAGGCCUCUCACCAUGCUGGAACUUAUUCACAACCUUCAUAUCACCAUGCACCAGCUUCUGUAUCUUACGAUGCAGCUUCUCCAUCUGCACUGCCUCAUCCUGUCCAGCCUACCCCAGAAGUGCAGAGAGCUACUGCUGCUUUCAUGGCAGCAUGGAAUGAAGCAACUGCAAGAGCAUCUCAAAUUCAAACAAUUCUGGUAAGAUCUGCGCCCUCUGGCACCUACACAAUUGAAUUUCCUAAGCAUGUUGAAGCAAUUGACGAAGUAAAGGGGGCAACUGCUCAAUUUAUGGCAGCUUGGAACAAAGCCGCUCGACGUGCAACUGUUGUCAAACACGCAGUUUACUCUUUGCCACAGCCUCUGCAACAAACUGAAGAUCUUAAGAAAACAACUGCUCAAUUCUUGGUUUUCUGGGAAGCUGCUGCUCAACGAGCUUCAGCUAUUAGACAUGCAGUUGCUGCCACUGCUUCCUCCGGUGUCCCACAACAGGUAGAGGCUACUUACGAAUUCAAGAGAGCCACUGAAGAAUUCAUGGCAGCUUGGAGAAAAGCCGCUGCACGAAUGCGUAUCAUCCAGACCAACCUCUACCAGAUUACUGGAACAUCCUCUCUAGAUCCACGGCUCACGAUCUGUUUCAAACGCCCUGUGUCCGAUUCGCCUGAAGAAAAGUUAACCUAUUAAACUUUCAUGGCAAAGUUCCGAGCAGCUGAGGUAACCGCAAUUCGGACCACUAGAGUUCAUAUUGUUAUUUUACUUCACUCAGUGUAAGCAGUUGUUUAAAUUCAACAUAUUGCUUACAGAGGCGGAGCUUACAUAAUGCAUAUUCCAUCAGUGACUGUAUCUUUCCUCCUUUCUCUGAUUCUCUGAUCUACCCUCUAACCUCCAGGGCUGCAUUCAUGAAGAUUUUGUGUUUGUGUCAGCCCGUCACCACCCAUAGUGAUAUUACAACCCGUUGAGUAUCACCACCCAUAGUGAUAUUACAACCCGUUGAGUAUCACCACCCAUAGUGAUAUUACAACCCGUUGAGUAUCACCACCCACAGUGAUAUUACAACCCGUUGAGUAUCACCACCCAUAGUGAUAUUACAACCCGUUGAGUAUCACCACCCAUAGUGACAUUACAACCCGUUGAGUAUCACCACCCAUAGUGAUAUUACAACCCGUUGAGUAUCACCACCCAUAGUGAUAUUACAACCCGUUGAGUAUCACCACCCAUAGUGAUAUUACAACCCGUUGAGUAUCACCACCCAUAGUGACAUUACAACCCGUUGAGUAUCACCACCCAUAGUGAUAUUACAACCCGUUGAGUAUCACCACCCAUAGUGACAUUACAACCCGUUGAGUAUCACCACCCAUAGUGACAUUACAACCCGUUGAGUAUCACCACCCAUAGUGAUAUUAUCACUUAUAAUAGUGUAUUCUACUAUGUAUCCUUUUAUUAUUAAGUCUUUAUGUAAAUAGUAUUCACAAGAUUGGAAAUAAUAAAGUUUGUCAAUAAU